GGACUCGGGCAUCAUCGACAAGGACACGCUGGCCGACCUCGUCCAGGGCUCCAAGACGGUGGAGGAGGUGACGGAAAUGGCCUCCGUCAAGCGCUACCUGGACGGCACGGGCUGCAUCGCUGGCGUGCUGGUGCCCUCCAAGGCCGACCCCGCCCAGGCGGAGAAGAUGACCAUCUACCAGGCCAUGUGGAAGGGCAUCCUGAGGCAGGGCACGGCCCUGGUGCUGCUGGAGGCGCAGGCUGCCACCGGCUUCGUCAUUGACCCCCUCAACAACAAGAGGCUCUCCGUGGACGAGGCCGUCUCCUCCGGGCUGGUGGGCAGCGAGCUGCACGAGAAGCUCCUGUCGGCCGAGAGGGCCGUGACGGGCUACACCGACCCCUACACCGGCGACCAGAUCUCCCUCUUCCAGGCCAUGAAGAAGGAGCUCAUUGUCAAGGAGCACGGCAUCCGCCUGCUCGAGGCCCAGAUCGCCACCGGCGGCAUCAUCGACCCCGUGCACAGCCACCGCCUCCCCGUGGAGGUGGCCUACCGGCGCGGCUACUUUGACCAGGAGAUGAACCAGAUCCUCUCCGACCCCACCGACGACACCAAGGGCUUCUUCGACCCCAACACCCACGAGAACCUCACCUACAUGCAGCUCCUCCGCCGCUGCGUGCCCGACCCGGACACGGGGCUGCUCAUGCUCCAGCUGAUGGACAAGGGCUCCGUGCUCUACCAGCUGACCGAGGACGCCCGGAAAGCCCUGCAGGCCGCCCGCACCACCGUCAGCGUGGGGCUCUUCCAGGGCCAGAGCGUCACCGUCUGGGAGCUCCUCUUCUCCCGCUACGUCCCCGACCACCGGCGCCAGGACCUCCUCCGCAAGUACAAGGCGGGGACGGUCACCAUCUCGGAGAUGAUCGCCCUCCUCGUCGCCAUCAUCACUGGGGCUGAGGGCCAGGGCCAGGACGCGGUCCCGGCCCGCAAGCCGACGCAGCGCGAGGCCCCGCCGCCGGCCGAGAACGGCGAGGCCACGGGCUCCCAGCAGCAGCCGCAGCGGGAGCUGGAGCGGGAGCGGGAGCUGGAGCUGGAGCGGUCCCUGAAGUCCCACACCGUCGAGGUCUCGGCGGGCGGCUUCCACGGCAGGAAGGUCUCCCUGUGGGAGCUCCUCUUCUCCAAGUACGUCUCCGAGGCAAAGAGGCGGGAGCUGCUGGGGAAGGUCCGGGCCGGGAGCCUGGCGCUGGACGAGCUGGCAAGGCUCCUCACCGUCCUCAUCGAGGAGGCGGUGGAGCGGAGCAGCAACGUGAAAUUCACGGGCCUCAGGAGGCAGGUGACCGCCUCGGACCUGGUGGACUCGGGCAUCAUCGACAAGGACACGCUGGCCGACCUCGUCCAGGGCUCCAAGACGGUGGAGGAGGUGACGGAAAUGGCCUCCGUCAAGCGCUACCUGGACGGCACGGGCUGCAUCGCUGGCGUGCUGGUGCCCUCCAAGGCCGACCCCGCCCAGGCGGAGAAGAUGACCAUCUACCAGGCCAUGUGGAAGGGCAUCCUGAGGCAGGGCACGGCCCUGGUGCUGCUGGAGGCGCAGGCUGCCACCGGCUUCGUCAUUGACCCCCUCAACAACAAGAGGCUCUCCGUGGACGAGGCCGUCUCCUCCGGGCUGGUGGGCAGCGAGCUGCACGAGAAGCUCCUGUCGGCCGAGAGGGCCGUGACGGGCUACACCGACCCCUACACCGGCGACCAGAUCUCCCUCUUCCAGGCCAUGAAGAAGGAGCUCAUUGUCAAGGAGCACGGCAUCCGCCUGCUCGAGGCCCAGAUCGCCACCGGCGGCAUCAUCGACCCCGUGCACAGCCACCGCCUCCCCGUGGAGGUGGCCUACCGGCGCGGCUACUUUGACCAGGAGAUGAACCAGAUCCUCUCCGACCCCACCGACGACACCAAGGGCUUCUUCGACCCCAACACCCACGAGAACCUCACCUACAUGCAGCUCCUCCGCCGCUGCGUGCCCGACCCAGACACGGGGCUGCUCAUGCUCCAGCUGAUGGACAAGGGCUCCGUGCUCUACCAGCUGACCGAGGACGCCCGGAAAGCCCUGCAGGCCGCCCGCACCACCGUCAGCGUGGGGCUCUUCCAGGGCCAGAGCGUCACCGUCUGGGAGCUCCUCUUCUCCCGCUACGUCCCCGACCACCGGCGCCAGGACCUCCUCCGCAAGUACAAGGCGGGGACGGUCACCAUCUCGGAGAUGAUCGCCCUCCUCGUCGCCAUCAUCACUGGGGCUGAGGGCCAGGGCCAGGACGCGGUCCCGGCCCGCAAGCCGACGCAGCGCGAGGCCCCGCCGCCGGCCGAGAACGGCGAGGCCACGGGCUCCCAGCAGCAGCCGCAGCGGGAGCUGGAGCGGGAGCGGGAGCUGGAGCUGGAGCGGUCCCUGAAGUCCCACACCGUCGAGGUCUCGGCGGGCGGCUUCCACGGCAGGAAGGUCUCCCUGUGGGAGCUCCUCUUCUCCAAGUACGUCUCCGAGGCAAAGAGGCGGGAGCUGCUGGGGAAGGUCCGGGCCGGGAGCCUGGCGCUGGACGAGCUGGCAAGGCUCCUCACCGUCCUCAUCGAGGAGGCGGUGGAGCGGAGCAGCAACGUGAAAUUCACGGGCCUCAGGAGGCAGGUGACCGCCUCGGACCUGGUGGACUCGGGCAUCAUCGACAAGGACACGCUGGCCGACCUCGUCCAGGGCUCCAAGACGGUGGAGGAGGUGACGGAAAUGGCCUCCGUCAAGCGCUACCUGGACGGCACGGGCUGCAUCGCUGGCGUGCUGGUGCCCUCCAAGGCCGACCCCGCCCAGGCGGAGAAGAUGACCAUCUACCAGGCCAUGUGGAAGGGCAUCCUGAGGCAGGGCACGGCCCUGGUGCUGCUGGAGGCGCAGGCUGCCACCGGCUUCGUCAUUGACCCCCUCAACAACAAGAGGCUCUCCGUGGACGAGGCCGUCUCCUCCGGGCUGGUGGGCAGCGAGCUGCACGAGAAGCUCCUGUCGGCCGAGAGGGCCGUGACGGGCUACACCGACCCCUACACCGGCGACCAGAUCUCCCUCUUCCAGGCCAUGAAGAAGGAGCUCAUUGUCAAGGAGCACGGCAUCCGCCUGCUCGAGGCCCAGAUCGCCACCGGCGGCAUCAUCGACCCCGUGCACAGCCACCGCCUCCCCGUGGAGGUGGCCUACCGGCGCGGCUACUUUGACCAGGAGAUGAACCAGAUCCUCUCCGACCCCACCGACGACACCAAGGGCUUCUUCGACCCCAACACCCACGAGAACCUCACCUACAUGCAGCUCCUCCGCCGCUGCGUGCCCGACCCGGACACGGGGCUGCUCAUGCUCCAGCUGAUGGACAAGGGCUCCGUGCUCUACCAGCUGACCGAGGACGCCCGGAAAGCCCUGCAGGCCGCCCGCACCACCGUCAGCGUGGGGCUCUUCCAGGGCCAGAGCGUCACCGUCUGGGAGCUCCUCUUCUCCCGCUACGUCCCCGACCACCGGCGCCAGGACCUCCUCCGCAAGUACAAGGCGGGGACGGUCACCAUCUCGGAGAUGAUCGCCCUCCUCGUCGCCAUCAUCACUGGGGCUGAGGGCCAGGGCCAGGACGCGGUCCCGGCCCGCAAGCCGACGCAGCGCGAGGCCCCGCCGCCGGCCGAGAACGGCGAGGCCACGGGCUCCCAGCAGCAGCCGCAGCGGGAGCUGGAGCGGGAGCGGGAGCUGGAGCUGGAGCGGUCCCUGAAGUCCCACACCGUCGAGGUCUCGGCGGGCGGCUUCCACGGCAGGAAGGUCUCCCUGUGGGAGCUCCUCUUCUCCAAGUACGUCUCCGAGGCAAAGAGGCGGGAGCUGCUGGGGAAGGUCCGGGCCGGGAGCCUGGCGCUGGACGAGCUGGCAAGGCUCCUCACCGUCCUCAUCGAGGAGGCGGUGGAGCGGAGCAGCAACGUGAAAUUCACGGGCCUCAGGAGGCAGGUGACCGCCUCGGACCUGGUGGACUCGGGCAUCAUCGACAAGGACACGCUGGCCGACCUCGUCCAGGGCUCCAAGACGGUGGAGGAGGUGACGGAAAUGGCCUCCGUCAAGCGCUACCUGGACGGCACGGGCUGCAUCGCUGGCGUGCUGGUGCCCUCCAAGGCCGACCCCGCCCAGGCGGAGAAGAUGACCAUCUACCAGGCCAUGUGGAAGGGCAUCCUGAGGCAGGGCACGGCCCUGGUGCUGCUGGAGGCGCAGGCUGCCACCGGCUUCGUCAUUGACCCCCUCAACAACAAGAGGCUCUCCGUGGACGAGGCCGUCUCCUCCGGGCUGGUGGGCAGCGAGCUGCACGAGAAGCUCCUGUCGGCCGAGAGGGCCGUGACGGGCUACACCGACCCCUACACCGGCGACCAGAUCUCCCUCUUCCAGGCCAUGAAGAAGGAGCUCAUUGUCAAGGAGCACGGCAUCCGCCUGCUCGAGGCCCAGAUCGCCACCGGCGGCAUCAUCGACCCCGUGCACAGCCACCGCCUCCCCGUGGAGGUGGCCUACCGGCGCGGCUACUUUGACCAGGAGAUGAACCAGAUCCUCUCCGACCCCACCGACGACACCAAGGGCUUCUUCGACCCCAACACCCACGAGAACCUCACCUACAUGCAGCUCCUCCGCCGCUGCGUGCCCGACCCGGACACGGGGCUGCUCAUGCUCCAGCUGAUGGACAAGGGCUCCGUGCUCUACCAGCUGACCGAGGACGCCCGGAAAGCCCUGCAGGCCGCCCGCACCACCGUCAGCGUGGGGCUCUUCCAGGGCCAGAGCGUCACCGUCUGGGAGCUCCUCUUCUCCCGCUACGUCCCCGACCACCGGCGCCAGGACCUCCUCCGCAAGUACAAGGCGGGGACGGUCACCAUCUCGGAGAUGAUCGCCCUCCUCGUCGCCAUCAUCACUGGGGCUGAGGGCCAGGGCCAGGACGCGGUCCCGGCCCGCAAGCCGACGCAGCGCGAGGCCCCGCCGCCGGCCGAGAACGGCGAGGCCACGGGCUCCCAGCAGCAGCCGCAGCGGGAGCUGGAGCGGGAGCGGGAGCUGGAGCUGGAGCGGUCCCUGAAGUCCCACACCGUCGAGGUCUCAGCGGGCGGCUUCCACGGCAGGAAGGUCUCCCUGUGGGAGCUCCUCUUCUCCAAGUACGUCUCCGAGGCAAAGAGGCGGGAGCUGCUGGGGAAGGUCCGGGCCGGGAGCCUGGCGCUGGACGAGCUGGCAAGGCUCCUCACCGUCCUCAUCGAGGAGGCGGUGGAGCGGAGCAGCAACGUGAAAUUCACGGGCCUCAGGAGGCAGGUGACCGCCUCGGACCUGGUGGACUCGGGCAUCAUCGACAAGGACACGCUGGCCGACCUCGUCCAGGGCUCCAAGACGGUGGAGGAGGUGACGGAAAUGGCCUCCGUCAAGCGCUACCUGGACGGCACGGGCUGCAUCGCUGGCGUGCUGGUGCCCUCCAAGGCCGACCCCGCCCAGGCGGAGAAGAUGACCAUCUACCAGGCCAUGUGGAAGGGCAUCCUGAGGCAGGGCACGGCCCUGGUGCUGCUGGAGGCGCAGGCUGCCACCGGCUUCGUCAUUGACCCCCUCAACAACAAGAGGCUCUCCGUGGACGAGGCCGUCUCCUCCGGGCUGGUGGGCAGCGAGCUGCACGAGAAGCUCCUGUCGGCCGAGAGGGCCGUGACGGGCUACACCGACCCCUACACCGGCGACCAGAUCUCCCUCUUCCAGGCCAUGAAGAAGGAGCUCAUUGUCAAGGAGCACGGCAUCCGCCUGCUCGAGGCCCAGAUCGCCACCGGCGGCAUCAUCGACCCCGUGCACAGCCACCGCCUCCCCGUGGAGGUGGCCUACCGGCGCGGCUACUUUGACCAGGAGAUGAACCAGAUCCUCUCCGACCCCACCGAUGACACCAAGGGCUUCUUCGACCCCAACACCCACGAGAACCUCACCUACAUGCAGCUCCUCCGCCGCUGCGUGCCCGACCCGGACACGGGGCUGCUCAUGCUCCAGCUGAUGGACAAGGGCUCCGUGCUCUACCAGCUGACCGAGGACGCCCGGAAAGCCCUGCAGGCCGCCCGCACCACCGUCAGCGUGGGGCUCUUCCAGGGCCAGAGCGUCACCGUCUGGGAGCUCCUCUUCUCCCGCUACGUCCCCGACCACCGGCGCCAGGACCUCCUCCGCAAGUACAAGGCGGGGACGGUCACCAUCUCGGAGAUGAUCGCCCUCCUCGUCGCCAUCAUCACUGGGGCUGAGGGCCAGGGCCAGGACGCGGUCCCGGCCCGCAAGCCGACGCAGCGCGAGGCCCCGCCGCCGGCCGAGAACGGCGAGGCCACGGGCUCCCAGCAGCAGCCGCAGCGGGAGCUGGAGCGGGAGCGGGAGCUGGAGCUGGAGCGGUCCCUGAAGUCCCACACCGUCGAGGUCUCGGCGGGCGGCUUCCACGGCAGGAAGGUCUCCCUGUGGGAGCUCCUCUUCUCCAAGUACGUCUCCGAGGCAAAGAGGCGGGAGCUGCUGGGGAAGGUCCGGGCCGGGAGCCUGGCGCUGGACGAGCUGGCAAGGCUCCUCACCGUCCUCAUCGAGGAGGCGGUGGAGCGGAGCAGCAACGUGAAAUUCACGGGCCUCAGGAGGCAGGUGACCGCCUCGGACCUGGUGGACUCGGGCAUCAUCGACAAGGACACGCUGGCCGACCUCGUCCAGGGCUCCAAGACGGUGGAGGAGGUGACGGAAAUGGCCUCCGUCAAGCGCUACCUGGACGGCACGGGCUGCAUCGCUGGCGUGCUGGUGCCCUCCAAGGCCGACCCCGCCCAGGCGGAGAAGAUGACCAUCUACCAGGCCAUGUGGAAGGGCAUCCUGAGGCAGGGCACGGCCCUGGUGCUGCUGGAGGCGCAGGCUGCCACCGGCUUCGUCAUUGACCCCCUCAACAACAAGAGGCUCUCCGUGGACGAGGCCGUCUCCUCCGGGCUGGUGGGCAGCGAGCUGCACGAGAAGCUCCUGUCGGCCGAGAGGGCCGUGACGGGCUACACCGACCCCUACACCGGCGACCAGAUCUCCCUCUUCCAGGCCAUGAAGAAGGAGCUCAUUGUCAAGGAGCACGGCAUCCGCCUGCUCGAGGCCCAGAUCGCCACCGGCGGCAUCAUCGACCCCGUGCACAGCCACCGCCUCCCCGUGGAGGUGGCCUACCGGCGCGGCUACUUUGACCAGGAGAUGAACCAGAUCCUCUCCGACCCCACCGACGACACCAAGGGCUUCUUCGACCCCAACACCCACGAGAACCUCACCUACAUGCAGCUCCUCCGCCGCUGCGUGCCCGACCCGGACACGGGGCUGCUCAUGCUCCAGCUGAUGGACAAGGGCUCCGUGCUCUACCAGCUGACCGAGGACGCCCGGAAAGCCCUGCAGGCCGCCCGCACCACCGUCAGCGUGGGGCUCUUCCAGGGCCAGAGCGUCACCGUCUGGGAGCUCCUCUUCUCCCGCUACGUCCCCGACCACCGGCGCCAGGACCUCCUCCGCAAGUACAAGGCGGGGACGGUCACCAUCUCGGAGAUGAUCGCCCUCCUCGUCGCCAUCAUCACUGGGGCUGAGGGCCAGGGCCAGGACGCGGUCCCGGCCCGCAAGCCGACGCAGCGCGAGGCCCCGCCGCCGGCCGAGAACGGCGAGGCCACGGGCUCCCAGCAGCAGCCGCAGCGGGAGCUGGAGCGGGAGCGGGAGCUGGAGCUGGAGCGGUCCCUGAAGUCCCACACCGUCGAGGUCUCGGCGGGCGGCUUCCACGGCAGGAAGGUCUCCCUGUGGGAGCUCCUCUUCUCCAAGUACGUCUCCGAGGCAAAGAGGCGGGAGCUGCUGGGGAAGGUCCGGGCCGGGAGCCUGGCGCUGGACGAGCUGGCAAGGCUCCUCACCGUCCUCAUCGAGGAGGCGGUGGAGCGGAGCAGCAACGUGAAAUUCACGGGCCUCAGGAGGCAGGUGACCGCCUCGGACCUGGUGGACUCGGGCAUCAUCGACAAGGACACGCUGGCCGACCUCGUCCAGGGCUCCAAGACGGUGGAGGAGGUGACGGAAAUGGCCUCCGUCAAGCGCUACCUGGACGGCACGGGCUGCAUCGCUGGCGUGCUGGUGCCCUCCAAGGCCGACCCCGCCCAGGCGGAGAAGAUGACCAUCUACCAGGCCAUGUGGAAGGGCAUCCUGAGGCAGGGCACGGCCCUGGUGCUGCUGGAGGCGCAGGCUGCCACCGGCUUCGUCAUUGACCCCCUCAACAACAAGAGGCUCUCCGUGGACGAGGCCGUCUCCUCCGGGCUGGUGGGCAGCGAGCUGCACGAGAAGCUCCUGUCGGCCGAGAGGGCCGUGACGGGCUACACCGACCCCUACACCGGCGACCAGAUCUCCCUCUUCCAGGCCAUGAAGAAGGAGCUCAUUGUCAAGGAGCACAGCAUCCGCCUGCUCGAGGCCCAGAUCGCCACCGGCGGCAUCAUCGACCCCGUGCACAGCCACCGCCUCCCCGUGGAGGUGGCCUACCGGCGCGGCUACUUUGACCAGGAGAUGAACCAGAUCCUCUCCGACCCCACCGACGACACCAAGGGCUUCUUCGACCCCAACACCCACGAGAACCUCACCUACAUGCAGCUCCUCCGCCGCUGCGUGCCCGACCCGGACACGGGGCUGCUCAUGCUCCAGCUGAUGGACAAGGGCUCCGUGCUCUACCAGCUGACCGAGGACGCCCGGAAAGCCCUGCAGGCCGCCCGCACCACCGUCAGCGUGGGGCUCUUCCAGGGCCAGAGCGUCACCGUCUGGGAGCUCCUCUUCUCCCGCUACGUCCCCGACCACCGGCGCCAGGACCUCCUCCGCAAGUACAAGGCGGGGACGGUCACCAUCUCGGAGAUGAUCGCCCUCCUCGUCGCCAUCAUCACUGGGGCUGAGGGCCAGGGCCAGGACGCGGUCCCGGCCCGCAAGCCGACGCAGCGCGAGGCCCCGCCGCCGGCCGAGAACGGCGAGGCCACGGGCUCCCAGCAGCAGCCGCAGCGGGAGCUGGAGCGGGAGCGGGAGCUGGAGCUGGAGCGGUCCCUGAAGUCCCACACCGUCGAGGUCUCGGCGGGCGGCUUCCACGGCAGGAAGGUCUCCCUGUGGGAGCUCCUCUUCUCCAAGUACGUCUCCGAGGCAAAGAGGCGGGAGCUGCUGGGGAAGGUCCGGGCCGGGAGCCUGGCGCUGGACGAGCUGGCAAGGCUCCUCACCGUCCUCAUCGAGGAGGCGGUGGAGCGGAGCAGCAACGUGAAAUUCACGGGCCUCAGGAGGCAGGUGACCGCCUCGGACCUGGUGGACUCGGGCAUCAUCGACAAGGACACGCUGGCCGACCUCGUCCAGGGCUCCAAGACGGUGGAGGAGGUGACGGAAAUGGCCUCCGUCAAGCGCUACCUGGACGGCACGGGCUGCAUCGCUGGCGUGCUGGUGCCCUCCAAGGCCGACCCCGCCCAGGCGGAGAAGAUGACCAUCUACCAGGCCAUGUGGAAGGGCAUCCUGAGGCAGGGCACGGCCCUGGUGCUGCUGGAGGCGCAGGCUGCCACCGGCUUCGUCAUUGACCCCCUCAACAACAAGAGGCUCUCCGUGGACGAGGCCGUCUCCUCCGGGCUGGUGGGCAGCGAGCUGCACGAGAAGCUCCUGUCGGCCGAGAGGGCCGUGACGGGCUACACCGACCCCUACACCGGCGACCAGAUCUCCCUCUUCCAGGCCAUGAAGAAGGAGCUCAUUGUCAAGGAGCACGGCAUCCGCCUGCUCGAGGCCCAGAUCGCCACCGGCGGCAUCAUCGACCCCGUGCACAGCCACCGCCUCCCCGUGGAGGUGGCCUACCGGCGCGGCUACUUUGACCAGGAGAUGAACCAGAUCCUCUCCGACCCCACCGACGACACCAAGGGCUUCUUCGACCCCAACACCCACGAGAACCUCACCUACAUGCAGCUCCUCCGCCGCUGCGUGCCCGACCCGGACACGGGGCUGCUCAUGCUCCAGCUGAUGGACAAGGGCUCCGUGCUCUACCAGCUGACCGAGGACGCCCGGAAAGCCCUGCAGGCCGCCCGCACCACCGUCAGCGUGGGGCUCUUCCAGGGCCAGAGCGUCACCGUCUGGGAGCUCCUCUUCUCCCGCUACGUCCCCGACCACCGGCGCCAGGACCUCCUCCGCAAGUACAAGGCGGGGACGGUCACCAUCUCGGAGAUGAUCGCCCUCCUCGUCGCCAUCAUCACUGGGGCUGAGGGCCAGGGCCAGGACGCGGUCCCGGCCCGCAAGCCGACGCAGCGCGAGGCCCCGCCGCCGGCCGAGAACGGCGAGGCCACGGGCUCCCAGCAGCAGCCGCAGCGGGAGCUGGAGCGGGAGCGGGAGCUGGAGCUGGAGCGGUCCCUGAAGUCCCACACCGUCGAGGUCUCGGCGGGCGGCUUCCACGGCAGGAAGGUCUCCCUGUGGGAGCUCCUCUUCUCCAAGUACGUCUCCGAGGCAAAGAGGCGGGAGCUGCUGGGGAAGGUCCGGGCCGGGAGCCUGGCGCUGGACGAGCUGGCAAGGCUCCUCACCGUCCUCAUCGAGGAGGCGGUGGAGCGGAGCAGCAACGUGAAAUUCACGGGCCUCAGGAGGCAGGUGACCGCCUCGGACCUGGUGGACUCGGGCAUCAUCGACAAGGACACGCUGGCCGACCUCGUCCAGGGCUCCAAGACGGUGGAGGAGGUGACGGAAAUGGCCUCCGUCAAGCGCUACCUGGACGGCACGGGCUGCAUCGCUGGCGUGCUGGUGCCCUCCAAGGCCGACCCCGCCCAGGCGGAGAAGAUGACCAUCUACCAGGCCAUGUGGAAGGGCAUCCUGAGGCAGGGCACGGCCCUGGUGCUGCUGGAGGCGCAGGCUGCCACCGGCUUCGUCAUUGACCCCCUCAACAACAAGAGGCUCUCCGUGGACGAGGCCGUCUCCUCCGGGCUGGUGGGCAGCGAGCUGCACGAGAAGCUCCUGUCGGCCGAGAGGGCCGUGACGGGCUACACCGACCCCUACACCGGCGACCAGAUCUCCCUCUUCCAGGCCAUGAAGAAGGAGCUCAUUGUCAAGGAGCACGGCAUCCGCCUGCUCGAGGCCCAGAUCGCCACCGGCGGCAUCAUCGACCCCGUGCACAGCCACCGCCUCCCCGUGGAGGUGGCCUACCGGCGCGGCUACUUUGACCAGGAGAUGAACCAGAUCCUCUCCGACCCCACCGAUGACACCAAGGGCUUCUUCGACCCCAACACCCACGAGAACCUCACCUACAUGCAGCUCCUCCGCCGCUGCGUGCCCGACCCGGACACGGGGCUGCUCAUGCUCCAGCUGAUGGACAAGGGCUCCGUGCUCUACCAGCUGACCGAGGACGCCCGGAAAGCCCUGCAGGCCGCCCGCACCACCGUCAGCGUGGGGCUCUUCCAGGGCCAGAGCGUCACCGUCUGGGAGCUCCUCUUCUCCCGCUACGUCCCCGACCACCGGCGCCAGGACCUCCUCCGCAAGUACAAGGCGGGGACGGUCACCAUCUCGGAGAUGAUCGCCCUCCUCGUCGCCAUCAUCACUGGGGCUGAGGGCCAGGGCCAGGACGCGGUCCCGGCCCGCAAGCCGACGCAGCGCGAGGCCCCGCCGCCGGCCGAGAACGGCGAGGCCACGGGCUCCCAGCAGCAGCCGCAGCGGGAGCUGGAGCGGGAGCGGGAGCUGGAGCUGGAGCGGUCCCUGAAGUCCCACACCGUCGAGGUCUCGGCGGGCGGCUUCCACGGCAGGAAGGUCUCCCUGUGGGAGCUCCUCUUCUCCAAGUACGUCUCCGAGGCAAAGAGGCGGGAGCUGCUGGGGAAGGUCCGGGCCGGGAGCCUGGCGCUGGACGAGCUGGCAAGGCUCCUCACCGUCCUCAUCGAGGAGGCGGUGGAGCGGAGCAGCAACGUGAAAUUCACGGGCCUCAGGAGGCAGGUGACCGCCUCGGACCUGGUGGACUCGGGCAUCAUCGACAAGGACACGCUGGCCGACCUCGUCCAGGGCUCCAAGACGGUGGAGGAGGUGACGGAAAUGGCCUCCGUCAAGCGCUACCUGGACGGCACGGGCUGCAUCGCUGGCGUGCUGGUGCCCUCCAAGGCCGACCCCGCCCAGGCGGAGAAGAUGACCAUCUACCAGGCCAUGUGGAAGGGCAUCCUGAGGCAGGGCACGGCCCUGGUGCUGCUGGAGGCGCAGGCUGCCACCGGCUUCGUCAUUGACCCCCUCAACAACAAGAGGCUCUCCGUGGACGAGGCCGUCUCCUCCGGGCUGGUGGGCAGCGAGCUGCACGAGAAGCUCCUGUCGGCCGAGAGGGCCGUGACGGGCUACACCGACCCCUACACCGGCGACCAGAUCUCCCUCUUCCAGGCCAUGAAGAAGGAGCUCAUUGUCAAGGAGCACGGCAUCCGCCUGCUCGAGGCCCAGAUCGCUACCGGCGGCAUCAUCGACCCCGUGCACAGCCACCGCCUCCCCGUGGAGGUGGCCUACCGGCGCGGCUACUUUGACCAGGAGAUGAACCAGAUCCUCUCCGACCCCACCGACGACACCAAGGGCUUCUUCGACCCCAACACCCACGAGAACCUCACCUACAUGCAGCUCCUCCGCCGCUGCGUGCCCGACCCGGACACGGGGCUGCUCAUGCUCCAGCUGAUGGACAAGGGCUCCGUGCUCUACCAGCUGACCGAGGACGCCCGGAAAGCCCUGCAGGCCGCCCGCACCACCGUCAGCGUGGGGCUCUUCCAGGGCCAGAGCGUCACCGUCUGGGAGCUCCUCUUCUCCCGCUACGUCCCCGACCACCGGCGCCAGGACCUCCUCCGCAAGUACAAGGCGGGGACGGUCACCAUCUCGGAGAUGAUCGCCCUCCUCGUCGCCAUCAUCACUGGGGCUGAGGGCCAGGGCCAGGACGCGGUCCCGGCCCGCAAGCCGACGCAGCGCGAGGCCCCGCCGCCGGCCGAGAACGGCGAGGCCACGGGCUCCCAGCAGCAGCCGCAGCGGGAGCUGGAGCGGGAGCGGGAGCUGGAGCUGGAGCGGUCCCUGAAGUCCCACACCGUCGAGGUCUCGGCGGGCGGCUUCCACGGCAGGAAGGUCUCCCUGUGGGAGCUCCUCUUCUCCAAGUACGUCUCCGAGGCAAAGAGGCGGGAGCUGCUGGGGAAGGUCCGGGCCGGGAGCCUGGCGCUGGACGAGCUGGCAAGGCUCCUCACCGUCCUCAUCGAGGAGGCGGUGGAGCGGAGCAGCAACGUGAAAUUCACGGGCCUCAGGAGGCAGGUGACCGCCUCGGACCUGGUGGACUCGGGCAUCAUCGACAAGGACACGCUGGCCGACCUCGUCCAGGGCUCCAAGACGGUGGAGGAGGUGACGGAAAUGGCCUCCGUCAAGCGCUACCUGGACGGCACGGGCUGCAUCGCUGGCGUGCUGGUGCCCUCCAAGGCCGACCCCGCCCAGGCGGAGAAGAUGACCAUCUACCAGGCCAUGUGGAAGGGCAUCCUGAGGCAGGGCACGGCCCUGGUGCUGCUGGAGGCGCAGGCUGCCACCGGCUUCGUCAUUGACCCCCUCAACAACAAGAGGCUCUCCGUGGACGAGGCCGUCUCCUCCGGGCUGGUGGGCAGCGAGCUGCACGAGAAGCUCCUGUCGGCCGAGAGGGCCGUGACGGGCUACACCGACCCCUACACCGGCGACCAGAUCUCCCUCUUCCAGGCCAUGAAGAAGGAGCUCAUUGUCAAGGAGCACAGCAUCCGCCUGCUCGAGGCCCAGAUCGCCACCGGCGGCAUCAUCGACCCCGUGCACAGCCACCGCCUCCCCGUGGAGGUGGCCUACCGGCGCGGCUACUUUGACCAGGAGAUGAACCAGAUCCUCUCCGACCCCACCGACGACACCAAGGGCUUCUUCGACCCCAACACCCACGAGAACCUCACCUACAUGCAGCUCCUCCGCCGCUGCGUGCCCGACCCGGACACGGGGCUGCUCAUGCUCCAGCUGAUGGACAAGGGCUCCGUGCUCUACCAGCUGACCGAGGACGCCCGGAAAGCCCUGCAGGCCGCCCGCACCACCGUCAGCGUGGGGCUCUUCCAGGGCCAGAGCGUCACCGUCUGGGAGCUCCUCUUCUCCCGCUACGUCCCCGACCACCGGCGCCAGGACCUCCUCCGCAAGUACAAGGCGGGGACGGUCACCAUCUCGGAGAUGAUCGCCCUCCUCGUCGCCAUCAUCACUGGGGCUGAGGGCCAGGGCCAGGACGCGGUCCCGGCCCGCAAGCCGACGCAGCGCGAGGCCCCGCCGCCGGCCGAGAACGGCGAGGCCACGGGCUCCCAGCAGCAGCCGCAGCGGGAGCUGGAGCGGGAGCGGGAGCUGGAGCUGGAGCGGUCCCUGAAGUCCCACACCGUCGAGGUCUCGGCGGGCGGCUUCCACGGCAGGAAGGUCUCCCUGUGGGAGCUCCUCUUCUCCAAGUACGUCUCCGAGGCAAAGAGGCGGGAGCUGCUGGGGAAGGUCCGGGCCGGGAGCCUGGCGCUGGACGAGCUGGCAAGGCUCCUCACCGUCCUCAUCGAGGAGGCGGUGGAGCGGAGCAGCAACGUGAAAUUCACGGGCCUCAGGAGGCAGGUGACCGCCUCGGACCUGGUGGACUCGGGCAUCAUCGACAAGGACACGCUGGCCGACCUCGUCCAGGGCUCCAAGACGGUGGAGGAGGUGACGGAAAUGGCCUCCGUCAAGCGCUACCUGGACGGCACGGGCUGCAUCGCUGGCGUGCUGGUGCCCUCCAAGGCCGACCCCGCCCAGGCGGAGAAGAUGACCAUCUACCAGGCCAUGUGGAAGGGCAUCCUGAGGCAGGGCACGGCCCUGGUGCUGCUGGAGGCGCAGGCUGCCACCGGCUUCGUCAUUGACCCCCUCAACAACAAGAGGCUCUCCGUGGACGAGGCCGUCUCCUCCGGGCUGGUGGGCAGCGAGCUGCACGAGAAGCUCCUGUCGGCCGAGAGGGCCGUGACGGGCUACACCGACCCCUACACCGGCGACCAGAUCUCCCUCUUCCAGGCCAUGAAGAAGGAGCUCAUUGUCAAGGAGCACGGCAUCCGCCUGCUCGAGGCCCAGAUCGCCACCGGCGGCAUCAUCGACCCCGUGCACAGCCACCGCCUCCCCGUGGAGGUGGCCUACCGGCGCGGCUACUUUGACCAGGAGAUGAACCAGAUCCUCUCCGACCCCACCGACGACACCAAGGGCUUCUUCGACCCCAACACCCACGAGAACCUCACCUACAUGCAGCUCCUCCGCCGCUGCGUGCCCGACCCGGACACGGGGCUGCUCAUGCUCCAGCUGAUGGACAAGGGCUCCGUGCUCUACCAGCUGACCGAGGACGCCCGGAAAGCCCUGCAGGCCGCCCGCACCACCGUCAGCGUGGGGCUCUUCCAGGGCCAGAGCGUCACCGUCUGGGAGCUCCUCUUCUCCCGCUACGUCCCCGACCACCGGCGCCAGGACCUCCUCCGCAAGUACAAGGCGGGGACGGUCACCAUCUCGGAGAUGAUCGCCCUCCUCGUCGCCAUCAUCACUGGGGCUGAGGGCCAGGGCCAGGACGCGGUCCCGGCCCGCAAGCCGACGCAGCGCGAGGCCCCGCCGCCGGCCGAGAACGGCGAGGCCACGGGCUCCCAGCAGCAGCCGCAGCGGGAGCUGGAGCGGGAGCGGGAGCUGGAGCUGGAGCGGUCCCUGAAGUCCCACACCGUCGAGGUCUCGGCGGGCGGCUUCCACGGCAGGAAGGUCUCCCUGUGGGAGCUCCUCUUCUCCAAGUACGUCUCCGAGGCAAAGAGGCGGGAGCUGCUGGGGAAGGUCCGGGCCGGGAGCCUGGCGCUGGACGAGCUGGCAAGGCUCCUCACCGUCCUCAUCGAGGAGGCGGUGGAGCGGAGCAGCAACGUGAAAUUCACGGGCCUCAGGAGGCAGGUGACCGCCUCGGACCUGGUGGACUCGGGCAUCAUCGACAAGGACACGCUGGCCGACCUCGUCCAGGGCUCCAAGACGGUGGAGGAGGUGACGGAAAUGGCCUCCGUCAAGCGCUACCUGGACGGCACGGGCUGCAUCGCUGGCGUGCUGGUGCCCUCCAAGGCCGACCCCGCCCAGGCGGAGAAGAUGACCAUCUACCAGGCCAUGUGGAAGGGCAUCCUGAGGCAGGGCACGGCCCUGGUGCUGCUGGAGGCGCAGGCUGCCACCGGCUUCGUCAUUGACCCCCUCAACAACAAGAGGCUCUCCGUGGACGAGGCCGUCUCCUCCGGGCUGGUGGGCAGCGAGCUGCACGAGAAGCUCCUGUCGGCCGAGAGGGCCGUGACGGGCUACACCGACCCCUACACCGGCGACCAGAUCUCCCUCUUCCAGGCCAUGAAGAAGGAGCUCAUUGUCAAGGAGCACGGCAUCCGCCUGCUCGAGGCCCAGAUCGCCACCGGCGGCAUCAUCGACCCCGUGCACAGCCACCGCCUCCCCGUGGAGGUGGCCUACCGGCGCGGCUACUUUGACCAGGAGAUGAACCAGAUCCUCUCCGACCCCACCGAUGACACCAAGGGCUUCUUCGACCCCAACACCCACGAGAACCUCACCUACAUGCAGCUCCUCCGCCGCUGCGUGCCCGACCCGGACACGGGGCUGCUCAUGCUCCAGCUGAUGGACAAGGGCUCCGUGCUCUACCAGCUGACCGAGGACGCCCGGAAAGCCCUGCAGGCCGCCCGCACCACCGUCAGCGUGGGGCUCUUCCAGGGCCAGAGCGUCACCGUCUGGGAGCUCCUCUUCUCCCGCUACGUCCCCGACCACCGGCGCCAGGACCUCCUCCGCAAGUACAAGGCGGGGACGGUCACCAUCUCGGAGAUGAUCGCCCUCCUCGUCGCCAUCAUCACUGGGGCUGAGGGCCAGGGCCAGGACGCGGUCCCGGCCCGCAAGCCGACGCAGCGCGAGGCCCCGCCGCCGGCCGAGAACGGCGAGGCCACGGGCUCCCAGCAGCAGCCGCAGCGGGAGCUGGAGCGGGAGCGGGAGCUGGAGCUGGAGCGGUCCCUGAAGUCCCACACCGUCGAGGUCUCGGCGGGCGGCUUCCACGGCAGGAAGGUCUCCCUGUGGGAGCUCCUCUUCUCCAAGUACGUCUCCGAGGCAAAGAGGCGGGAGCUGCUGGGGAAGGUCCGGGCCGGGAGCCUGGCGCUGGACGAGCUGGCAAGGCUCCUCACCGUCCUCAUCGAGGAGGCGGUGGAGCGGAGCAGCAACGUGAAAUUCACGGGCCUCAGGAGGCAGGUGACCGCCUCGGACCUGGUGGACUCGGGCAUCAUCGACAAGGACACGCUGGCCGACCUCGUCCAGGGCUCCAAGACGGUGGAGGAGGUGACGGAAAUGGCCUCCGUCAAGCGCUACCUGGACGGCACGGGCUGCAUCGCUGGCGUGCUGGUGCCCUCCAAGGCCGACCCCGCCCAGGCGGAGAAGAUGACCAUCUACCAGGCCAUGUGGAAGGGCAUCCUGAGGCAGGGCACGGCCCUGGUGCUGCUGGAGGCGCAGGCUGCCACCGGCUUCGUCAUUGACCCCCUCAACAACAAGAGGCUCUCCGUGGACGAGGCCGUCUCCUCCGGGCUGGUGGGCAGCGAGCUGCACGAGAAGCUCCUGUCGGCCGAGAGGGCCGUGACGGGCUACACCGACCCCUACACCGGCGACCAGAUCUCCCUCUUCCAGGCCAUGAAGAAGGAGCUCAUUGUCAAGGAGCACGGCAUCCGCCUGCUCGAGGCCCAGAUCGCUACCGGCGGCAUCAUCGACCCCGUGCACAGCCACCGCCUCCCCGUGGAGGUGGCCUACCGGCGCGGCUACUUUGACCAGGAGAUGAACCAGAUCCUCUCCGACCCCACCGACGACACCAAGGGCUUCUUCGACCCCAACACCCACGAGAACCUCACCUACAUGCAGCUCCUCCGCCGCUGCGUGCCCGACCCGGACACGGGGCUGCUCAUGCUCCAGCUGAUGGACAAGGGCUCCGUGCUCUACCAGCUGACCGAGGACGCCCGGAAAGCCCUGCAGGCCGCCCGCACCACCGUCAGCGUGGGGCUCUUCCAGGGCCAGAGCGUCACCGUCUGGGAGCUCCUCUUCUCCCGCUACGUCCCCGACCACCGGCGCCAGGACCUCCUCCGCAAGUACAAGGCGGGGACGGUCACCAUCUCGGAGAUGAUCGCCCUCCUCGUCGCCAUCAUCACUGGGGCUGAGGGCCAGGGCCAGGACGCGGUCCCGGCCCGCAAGCCGACGCAGCGCGAGGCCCCGCCGCCGGCCGAGAACGGCGAGGCCACGGGCUCCCAGCAGCAGCCGCAGCGGGAGCUGGAGCGGGAGCGGGAGCUGGAGCUGGAGCGGUCCCUGAAGUCCCACACCGUCGAGGUCUCGGCGGGCGGCUUCCACGGCAGGAAGGUCUCCCUGUGGGAGCUCCUCUUCUCCAAGUACGUCUCCGAGGCAAAGAGGCGGGAGCUGCUGGGGAAGGUCCGGGCCGGGAGCCUGGCGCUGGACGAGCUGGCAAGGCUCCUCACCGUCCUCAUCGAGGAGGCGGUGGAGCGGAGCAGCAACGUGAAAUUCACGGGCCUCAGGAGGCAGGUGACCGCCUCGGACCUGGUGGACUCGGGCAUCAUCGACAAGGACACGCUGGCCGACCUCGUCCAGGGCUCCAAGACGGUGGAGGAGGUGACGGAAAUGGCCUCCGUCAAGCGCUACCUGGACGGCACGGGCUGCAUCGCUGGCGUGCUGGUGCCCUCCAAGGCCGACCCCGCCCAGGCGGAGAAGAUGACCAUCUACCAGGCCAUGUGGAAGGGCAUCCUGAGGCAGGGCACGGCCCUGGUGCUGCUGGAGGCGCAGGCUGCCACCGGCUUCGUCAUUGACCCCCUCAACAACAAGAGGCUCUCCGUGGACGAGGCCGUCUCCUCCGGGCUGGUGGGCAGCGAGCUGCACGAGAAGCUCCUGUCGGCUGAGAGGGCCGUGACGGGCUACACCGACCCCUACACCGGCGACCAGAUCUCCCUCUUCCAGGCCAUGAAGAAGGAGCUCAUUGUCAAGGAGCACGGCAUCCGCCUGCUCGAGGCCCAGAUCGCCACCGGCGGCAUCAUCGACCCCGUGCACAGCCACCGCCUCCCCGUGGAGGUGGCCUACCGGCGCGGCUACUUUGACCAGGAGAUGAACCAGAUCCUCUCCGACCCCACCGACGACACCAAGGGCUUCUUCGACCCCAACACCCACGAGAACCUCACCUACAUGCAGCUCCUCCGCCGCUGUGUGCCCGACCCGGACACGGGUCUUUUUUUCCUUAAGGUUUUUAUAAAGUAAUUGUAAAGGCUUUUACAUUUUUUUCUUUGUUAUUGCAUCAGUAUUGAAUAUAGGUAGUGUCAAUAUUUCUUGUACUUCUGGUGGUUUUUUUUUGUUUUUAAAUCCAAUUUUUAAAAAUUCUUAUUUAUUUCUGCUUAUUUCCUCAUUGUUGUCUUUCUAGUUUAUGAACAUACCCACAUCAGGUGUGGCUUUUAAAUGACUUCCCUGUUAUUAUGAAAGUGUCUUAAGCCUUUUGUUCUGUAAUCUUUCAAGAACACAGUAAUCAGCCUUGGUUAUCUCAGCUGAUUUUGGUGAAAUAUAUUGUCCUCAUUUUUGUCAUCAGAUUUGCGUAGAACUAUGGUUUUUAUCAUGUGUGAGGUGUGGUGAGAAUGGUAUUUUUAUUCUUCUAGUCUAUUUU